AUGCUUUCCAUGUUCCGCCAGAUGGUGACGUCUCAGAGCUCGCGCCUCGCGCGCACGUCUAUGACCCGUGGAUAUGCCUCGCAGUCGGGCAACGGUGCCGUGCAGGGCUUGUCCGAGCGUGCCCAGGCGAUCGGCGCAUCAGUGCUCAAGGUUGCUGAGCGUGCUCUUGGCUCGUACGCCGAGCCCGUGAUGUACAACCUCAAGGUGGCUGGCUCGAUUGCUAAGCAGGUGUACAUUGCUGAGAAGCUGGCUCCCCCUACGAGCCUGUCGCAGAUCCAGGCAGCAUACCGUCAGAUCUGGGCCUGCGUCUCGAAGGCCUCGUGGUGGACUCACUCGCUCCCUGCCGGUGAAUGGCGCAAGGUUGCCGUGUACGGCGUGGAGGCUAUUGGUAUCUUUUCGAUCGGCGAGAUUAUCGGCAAGCGCAAGCUCGUGGGCUACAGAAUCAAGGAGCAUGGCCCAGCUCACCACUAA